ACCAGCCGUCAACAGUCAUAUUCGGUUUGACAUUGAUGUUGUUGAAAACCGUAAGUGUUAUUUUAAAGAAUUUUUAUACAUUUUAUAAUCUUAUUAAUUUACAGCUAUCGAACAGCAGCCCACGCCACCACAACAGCCCACGCCAUCGUCACCGGUACCGUCAUGGGUCGACGAUCCGCGAGCGGUCGCAGGACCGUCGUGGGCCCAUUACCUACCGCGAACGACGAUGGACGUUAUGGUCGGCCAUCUUCCCGGUUUCGAAGACGGUAUGUUAUAUUUUGUAGUUUUUUUUUUUGCAUCUUUUCCUACGGUCGUGCAUCUCAUUUCAGCUAUGACUUCCGGAAACAGAAACAACAUCUACACCCCGACACCGCCUGGAUCGCCCAACAUUUUUGACUUCAGCGACGACGGACCACUCGAGUAUGCUGAGUUUGUGCACACCCCUAAAAAGGGUGUCCAAUUGCAGGAGCCGGUUGCAGGUCCAUCAGGCACCAAAGGCCAUCCUACAACAUCGCCGGUGGACGCAGGGACGCGGACUAUUACGUUUUCCUAUUUACCCGAUUCCAAAGACGCCAUGAUUGCCGGAAUUCGACCACGCAAUGGAUCGUCGUCGUCGUCGUCAUCGUCGUCAUUCGUCGGAUGUGAGUGUUAUUGAAAUAUCAGGUGUGUGGUUUUUCGUUUUACUUAUAUCAAUAUUUUCCCACAGUAGCCAGC